AUGUGCUUCGAAUUCAGCUCCUGUUUCGGCAGCCGCAUAAAGGACGACUAUGGCGGCGAGCGGUCCAGCCAUGGCGGCUGUGGCGGCCGUCACCGAAGACGCACAGGGGACCGCAGGAACGGGAAUGGCUACAACGGCACCACCGGACACAAGCCGGCGACUAACUACGACCACCAGCCGGCUGUUGAUGAGGCGGGGCGCAAGGCCCACCAUGACGGCGCGUGGAAAGCGGAGCACCAAGGCGCUGGCGGCCACGGCUAUUACAUCGCCUACGCGCCUGACAAAGCCCACGAGACGCCGAAGCUUCCUGCGUGGCACAACAAGGUCGGCGACGAUGUCGGCUACGCCUACAACACGGCGCGCCUCCAUCAGGCUUCUGCUGAUGAUAAGGAGCACGCCGCCAUGGAUUACCACCACUACCCAACCACUACUACCACUCUCGCAAGGUACUAG